AUGGUGGCUUCUGCCAAGCGAAUCAACUCGUACGAGGAGUCUACAAGUAGCCUCACAGAAAUGACGGACGAUUUGAACGCGGAGCUGAAAGCAUCAUCACCGACGAACUCUGACUUUCUUCCCAGCAACGAUGUCUGGUACUAUGAUGGCGGUAUCCUGUUGGUUGCAGAAAAUACCGCAUUCCGUGUACACGGCGCCGUCAUCGCUGAGCAGUGCGAGGUGUUCAGGGAUAUGUUCUCCGUACCACAAUCCCCGACUGCGGACGCAGCUCAGGCAGAAACACGCGACGGUUGCCGGGUUCUGCGCUUGCAGGACUCGGCAGCAGACCUCAAGCACUUCCUGAAGUCCAUAUACGACAUCUCGUAUUUUCUUCCAGGAGUGACAACCAAGUUCCCCAUUGUAGCGAGUGUCCUCCGCCUCAGCACAAAGUACAAUGCGCCCGUCUUGCGUCAGCGCGCCAUCAAUCUAAUUGCGACGGCGUAUCCUUCCUCAUGCGCGGCCUGGGACGCCAGAUCGACCAAACGGCUGGUGCCUCCGUUUGAGGACGAGCAUUUCGCUUACAUCGAGCUGGCCAUCAAGACAGAUGUCCGAGUAAUACUUCCCAGCGUCUACUACGCCCUGACUAGGUUGCCCCUCGCGAAAGCACUCGGCGGCUUGCGUAGUCUGGCCGUCUCGCCCGCUGACCAGUGGGACGUGUGUACCAAUUUCCUCGUCGGAAGAGAGCUUACUACACAGGCGGAGCUGAUGCACGUCGUGAAAUUUUUGAAGACAGACUUUAGUCGUCCGGGCUGUAAAGAUUCAAGACACUGUGGCAACAUGUUGCAUGUCGCCGCCUUUCACACAUUGAAUCAUGUCGCAGAUACAGUGCCAUACCACCACCAGUGGUGUGGCGGGAAGCUCGAAGAGGGGGUGACGACCAUAGGGCUGUGCGCUUCCUGCAACUUGACCGUCAAGGACACCAUCAACUCUGGCCGAGAGAAGGUGUGGGAAGUGUUACCGGCAUCGUUUGGCCUGGGGGAUUGGGAGACCUUAAAGGCGGUGGAUGGCGUUGAUGUGCAAGAGAUAGGUCCUCAGUGA